UGUGACUCGUGACCAAUACCCUUUUAGCUGUAUAUAUAAAUACAUCUUCAUAUAUCAUACACAAGCACACAACACACAAACACACAAACACACAGAACAGCUAAGAAACAAAUAUAAUAAAAGACAUAAAACACGAGUUCUCGGCAGAUCAACUGUUUUCCUCUUUUCUCCAUAUACGCGUUCAUCAAUGUCUGCUUCUCACUAAACACACUUGUCCAGUUUCUUCAAACCUUUUCUACAUUUAUAUGCACGCACCCUCUUCCACCAUGGAACCCGUCAAUGGAGGAUCCGUACAGAUCCAGAACGAGAAUGGGUCUCGAAAGCUUCCCAAUUUCCUACAGAGCGUGAACAUGAAAUACGUGAAGCUCGGUUACCAUUACCUGAUCACUCAUCUCUUCAAGCUCUGUCUGGUUCCGUUAAUGGCUGUCCUAAUCACGGAGAUCUCUCGAUUAACCCCAGACGACUACCACCAGAUUUGGCUUCACCUCCAAUACAACCUCGUCGCGUUCAUCCUCCUCUCCGCUUUAGCUGUGUUCGGCACCACCGUCUUCAUCAUGACCCGACCCAGAUCCGUUUACCUCGUGGACUACUCCUGUUACCUCCCUCAAGCGAGCCUUCAAGUCCCGUACAAGAAGUUCAUGGAUCACUCUGCCCUCAUCGAUGAUUUCAACGAGUCCUCUCUCGAGUUUCAGCGCAAGAUUCUCGAGAGAUCGGGUUUAGGAGAAGAGACGUAUCUCCCCGAUGGCUUACACUGCGUCCCUCCACGUACGACGAUGGCGGCGGCGCGCGAGGAGGCGGAGCAGGUGAUGUUCGGUUGUCUCGACAAACUUUUCGAGAAUACCAAGAUUAACCCUAAGGAUAUUGGUGUGUUGGUCGUGAACUGUAGCUUGUUUAACCCGACUCCUUCUUUGUCCGCCAUGAUUGUUAACAAGUAUAAGCUUCGAGGGAACGUUAAAAGUUUCAAUCUUGGUGGGAUGGGGUGUAGUGCUGGUGUUAUCUCCAUUGAUUUAGCUAAGGAUAUGUUGCAAGUUCAUAGGAACACUUAUGCUGUUGUGGUUAGCACUGAGAACAUUACUCAGAACUGGUAUUUUGGUAAUAAGAAGGCGAUGCUGAUCCCGAACUGCUUGUUCCGGGUGGGUGGAACUGCGGUUUUGCUUUCCAACAAGGCUAGUGAUCGUCGACGGUCCAAGUACAAGAUGGUUCAUACUGUUAGGACUCAUAAAGGAGCUGAUGAGAAGGCGUUCAACUGUGUUUACCAAGAGCAGGAUGAUAAUGGUAAAACCGGUGUUUCUUUGUCCAAAGAUCUUAUGGCUAUCGCCGGGGAAGCGCUCAAGGCGAACAUCACUACUUUGGGUCCUUUGGUUCUUCCUAUAAGCGAGCAGAUUCUGUUUUUCGUGACUUUGGUUUGGAAGAAGUUGUUUAAUGCUAAGCUGAAGCCUUACAUCCCUGAUUUCAAGCUUGCAUUUGAUCAUUUCUGUAUCCAUGCUGGUGGUAGAGCUGUGAUUGAUGAGCUUGAGAAGAAUCUGCAGCUUUCGCUGACACAUGUCGAGGCGUCGAGGAUGACUUUGCAUAGAUUUGGGAACACUUCUUCGAGCUCGAUCUGGUAUGAGCUGGCUUACAUAGAAGCUAAGGGCAGGAUGAAGAAAGGGAACAGGGUUUGGCAGAUUGCUUUUGGAAGUGGGUUUAAGUGUAACAGUGCGGUUUGGGUGGCUCUGCACAAUGUCAAGCCUUCGGUUAGUAGUCCUUGGGAACACUGCAUUGACCGAUAUCCGGUUAAGCUUGAUUUCUGAUUCAAUCAGAGAAACCAUUUUAUUUUGGUUUCAUUGGGGUUAGUCCUAGUCUACUGCUUCACUCUGUCUGCCUUAUUUAUUGUUUAUUUUCUUUUCUUAAUUGUUCUAUUGUUCUUCUCCUUUUAAUGUGAUGCUUCUUGGAUUAUUACU